AUGCCAUCACCGCUGAGUACCGAAUCCAAAAUCCUUAUUGUCGGCGCUGGCACGUGGGGCUGCAGCACCGCCCUCCAUCUGGGUCGUCGAGGCUAUAAAUACGUGACCGUCCUCGACCCCUAUCCUGUGCCGUCACCCAUCUCCGCUGGCACCGACCUAAACAAGAUAUUGGAGCUGGGCUCUUUCGCCGGAGACGAUGCUGACGAACGCUAUGUAUCUAACAAGCUGCUGGAAGCGGCCACUGAAGGAUGGCGCAAUGACCCUGUGUUCAAACCUCACUUCCACGAGACCGGCUGUAUCCUGGCAGCCACCUCUGAUGAGGCUCGCAGCCACAUGAAUACGCGCGACGGGCCGAGUGAAGCAGGUGGGUGGAUUCCACUCAGAACCAAAGAAGACUUCCAAGCUACCAUGCCCGACGGCGUUCUGACGGGCGAGUUCCCCGGUUGGCAAGGGUGGUGGAUGCAGAAAGGAGCAGGCUGGGUUCACGCCCGCAAGAGUAUGGAGAGUGCCGCCAGAGAAGCUGUCCGGCUGGGGGUUAAAUUCAUCGCCGGUGAACAAGCUGGCCGUGUAACGAGUCUGAUCUAUGAGUCCUCCGACGUCCAAGGCGCCAUAACGGCUGACGGCACACGCCACUUCGCAGACCGCACCAUUCUCUGUGCGGGCGCCGGCGCCGCGGCUCUCUUUGACAUGAAAGAUCAACUUCGACCCACGGCCUGGACACUGGCCCACAUUAAGAUGACUCCAGAGGAAGCCAAGCUGUACAAAGACCUUCCCGUCUUGUUCAAUAUCGAGCGUGGCUUCUUCAUGGAGCCCGACGAAGAUAACCAUGAGCUUAAGAUGUGUGACGAACAUCCUGGGUAUUGCAACUGGGUGCCCGACGCCUCUUCUGAAGAUGCCCGCCAGAUCAGUUCUCCUUUUGCAAAACACCAGAUCCCACUCGAAAGUGAAGGUCGCUGCCGGGCAUUUUUGCGCGAGACCAUGCCACACCUUGCGGACCGACCGUUCUCUUUUGCGCGGAUAUGCUGGUGUGCAGACACCCCGAACCGAGCAUUCCUGAUCUCUAAGCACCCAGAUUAUGCAUCCCUGGUGCUGGGGGUGGGUGGCUCUGGACACGGGUUUUGCCAUAUCCCGGCAAUUGGAAGCUUCAUUGCCGAUGCCAUGGAAGAGAAACUUGACGACAAGCUGAAGCAGAGCUUUCGAUGGAGGCCCGAGACAGCCAAAGGCAGAGAUUGGAAAGCGUUGCAAGGCAGAUUUGGACCCGACGGCGCCAAUCGCGUCAUGGAUUUUCAGGACAUUAAGCAAUGGACGAACAUUGCAUCAAGGUAA